GUAUAUGUAUUAUAUUGAUUUGUUGAUAAAAAGAUUUAAAAAAGUUAUGAACAAUUACUUUAUACACAUUUUCUUCUAGUUUGAGAACACUUAAUUAUUAAGAUCGUAUAAAUGCAAGAAGAGAUGUAAUGAAUAUUCGAGAAGAGGCAGAGGGAAAAUGAAAAAGGAAUGAACUUGAUGAAAAUUAAAUCGAUUUGAGUGAAAUGUUCACUAUACAUAGAUGUAUGUAUACAUAUAUAUAUAUGUCACAGCCGGAUUAAAGCUAGGUCUCAGAAGGCCUAGCAUGGGCCACUAUGAAUCCACCCGCAGUUAACAAAUCGAGCACUCGUAGCUCUGGAUAUCAUCAAAAGGCUUUAGCUGAAAUUCGCAAUUCUCUAUUACCUUUUGCGAAUAUCGGAGGAACAGGAGAAGUAGGUUCUAGUGCUGCUAGUACUAUAUCUACUUUAUCCACAACCAGUGGCAUCAGUUCAGCCUCAGGACUUAGCGGUCUUUCUGCAGCUUCUGGUUCUACUAUAGAUAAAUCUGAUCAACGUCAACUGUUAGCCCAGUUAUUAACCAUGGGAUAUUCAGAGGAAAUCGCAUUACGAGCUUUGAAGUUAGCCGGCUGGCGUUUAGAUGCAGCUAUCGAAUUCUUGAAGCAGGCUCAAGGAGAAUCUCUGAACGGACUUGGUAAAUUGAACAGCAAGUUAAUAAGGAAACCCAGUUUGGAAAGAGAAUUAAGUCUACAACGUGGUAGUCCUGCGUUGGACAGCGGAGCGGGAAGUUCACGAUCCGAUAGUCCACGUUUGACGGAGCUUAGUCCACAUCCGCAGUUGAGUCGACAAUAUUCACCGAGUAAUUUUGUAGAAAGAGAACCACCUCCUCCUCCACCUCCUAGGUGCAGCUCGACACCGCCACCCCCACCACCACCUCACGCACCUUAUAACCAGCCGAAUGUACCUACUAAUAUGCAGCAGAUGCUGAAACGUAUGUCUCCCGCUCCGGUUGUUCCUACUCGACCACCUCCUACUACACCCGGUAAUACUGGACCGAUUUCAACGUCCGUUAAUCUGCCGCAAAGGGGCACGAGUCCGGUGGCUAGUUCAAACAAUAGUUCUAAUACUCGUCAACCUAUGAUCGUUCAAAAUGGUCCUCAAGUUCAACAGCAACUUUCUCAACAAAUGCAGGCUCUCAGUAUUUAUCAAGCGAACAAUAGCACUUCGAAUACUCAAGUUGAACCACCACCUCCGUAUCCAAUAGUUUCUUCAUCGUCGGCUGGUCCGGUGCAACCACCAUCUUAUAGCGCUUCUAUGCAAAACAGGCAGAGCCCUACGCAAUCUCAGCAAGAUUACCGUAAAAGUCCUUCGUCCGGUAUUUAUUCGGGUCCGACAUCAGCCGGUUCGCCGAGUCCUAUUACCGUUUCCGCUAUAUCUCCGAGUACCCAGGCAUCAAUGGCCAGACCAACUCCGUUACAGGCUUGGGGCGCGCGGCAAGCGAAAACGCAGCCGCCGAUAAUUAUGCAAUCUGUAAAGAGUACUCAAGUACAAAAACCUGUGUUGCAAACAGCAAUUGCGCCAACAUCACCUCAACCGAUUUCUACUACUAGCAAUACACCUCCGCCUCCACCUUCUUAUGCAUCUUCGAUUCAACAAAAGCAACAGCAGCAGCAACAACCGCAACAGCAGCAGCAGCAGCAACCACAGCAACAGCAGCAGCAGCAACAACAACAGCAACAGCAGCAGCAGCAACAACCACCACCACCUGCUUACCCGCCAGUAAAUAACGUUGGUACAACAUCCGCGAAUAAUAUAAACGUGGGUGUUUCUGUAGGGGUACCCACCACGGAACCGCCGAGUUAUGCAAUAACGAUGCAGGUAUUAGCAGCGCAACGCGGCAUGCAUCAUCCUGUUCCUCCACCUCCGUACGGUACAGCGAACACGGAAGAUUCAAGCGGAAUAUCAACGAUGGAGAACAACGCGUCCCUUAGAUCGUCUCCGGUCGCUCUUCACCCUCCGUUACAAAGAAAAUAUUCGCCUGCGGAUGGUUGCCAGCAUUCGACAGAAACUCCACCUUUGCCUCCGGUGGCAUCGACUUCUGUCCAAACAAGAAGUAACAGCUGUAAUAAUAACGGCAGUAACAAUAAUAAUAACAACAGCAACAGUAAUCCAAGUGGAAACAAUAAUAACCAUAGUAAUAAUAAUAACAACAACAACAAUAAUAAUAAUAACAACAACAAUCAUUCACCGGAUAACAAUGGGGCAAAGGGUAAUUCACCUUCGUCUUAUAAGAUCAAGCAUCAAUCUCCGAUACCAGAACGCAAGCAUAUGAGCAAAGAGAAAGAAGAAGAGCGUAGAGAUUGCAAAGUUCGUAAUUACUCUCCUCAGGCUUUUAAAUUUUUCAUGGAACAACACGUUGAAAACGUGUUAAAAUCUCAUAAGCAACGAUUGUAUCGGCGGCUUCAACUGGAAACAGAAAUGGCUAAGAUAGGUCUUAGCGCUGAGGCUCAGUGUCAAAUGAGGAAAAUGUUGUCGCAGAAGGAAUCGAAUUACAUUAGAUUGAAACGUGCGAAGAUGGAUAAAUCGAUGUUCACGAAAAUUAAACCAAUCGGGGUCGGUGCUUUCGGUGAAGUGACGCUUGUCAGAAAACUGGACACCAACCAGUUUUAUGCGAUGAAAACUUUAAGAAAAGCGGACGUGUUAAAUCGCAAUCAAGUUGCGCAUGUUAAAGCUGAAAGAGAUAUACUGGCAGAGGCUGAUAACGAAUGGGUGGUAAAGCUCUAUUAUUCCUUUCAAGACAAGGACAAUUUAUAUUUCGUAAUGGAUUACAUACCUGGCGGUGACCUGAUGUCCUUGCUUAUAAAGUUUGGGAUUUUCAAGGAACCAUUGGCAAGAUUUUAUAUCGCCGAGCUAACGUGCGCCGUUGAAAGUGUUCAUAAGAUGGGUUUUAUUCAUCGAGAUAUUAAGCCGGAUAAUAUUUUAAUUGAUCGAGACGGGCACAUCAAAUUGACAGAUUUUGGGCUGUGUACAGGAUUUCGCUGGACCCACAAUUCAAAAUAUUAUCAACAAAACGGUCAUGGGAAGCAAGAUUCGAUGGAUCCUGCCGACGAUUGGAACAACGAAUGUCGCUGUAUGCAAUUGAAGCCUUUGGAACGUAGAAGGCACAGGGAACAUCAGAGGUGUUUAGCUCAUUCUUUAGUUGGGACACCAAACUAUAUUGCACCGGAAGUUUUACAAAGGACAGGAUACACUCAGUUAUGUGAUUGGUGGAGUGUUGGUGUAAUUUUGUACGAAAUGUUAGUUGGUUCCCCACCGUUUCUUGCCAAUACUCCAGCCGAGACACAAUACAAGGUAAUUAACUGGGAGACAACUCUGCACAUCCCGAAACAAGCGAACCUAUCAGCGGAAGGUAUGGAUUUGAUAUUAAAGCUGUGCGUUGGCGCAGAUCGUCGGUUAGGUAAGAAUGCGGACGAAGUGAAAAAUCAUCCAUUCUUUGCGAGUAUUGACUUUGAGAAAGGAUUGCGUCGGCAAGUAGCUCCUCAUAUACCCCGGAUACAAUAUCCUACCGAUACCAGUAACUUCGAUCCCGUGGAUCCUGAUAAAUUAAGGAAUUCAGAAUCUUCCGACUCUAACAAGUCAAACGAAUUAUUGGAUAACGGAAAACCAUUUCACGGUUUCUUUGAAUUCACAUUUAGACGCUUCUUUGACGAUGGUGGUGGUCCUGCGUAUCCUAGUCGAAUAAGUUUGGACGAUAACGAUAAUCAAGGUCCUGUUUACGUAUGACAGUAGGUUUAUAAGUUUUAUUCGCACUCAAGUUGAUGCAGUGUUUCACGUUCGAUCAGAUAAUCUUUGUAAAUAUUGUUCGAAAAAAUAUUUGUUCAGAAUCGAUGAGUAGUAAUAGUAGUUAGAGUAAUAUGAAUUGGACAAAUUUUUUUUUGUUAAAUCUUCAAUGAAUGUAUGUAUCGUACUACCUAUUAUAUUAUACAAACUGAGAAAAGCGACGAUAACACAGAAACCCUCGCGUUUGUUCCUUAAUUUCGAUAAAUUAUCAUAUCUGUUGUUUCGUAACUUGUUUUCCUUUGUUUUUUCCUAUUCUUCUUCUUACUUGUUUUAUAAAUUCAAAUUGUUAGAGUCACUUGUCCGAAGAUUCAAUUUUCUUUCAUUUUUUUUUCUUCUUUUUUUUUUCUUUUAAUCAAGU